CAGAUAGAAAUGAUUAGAUUACUCAAAGAUAAGGUACCUAAGUAUAUAAUUAUGAGAGAAUUCCAUAUUAAUGAAUAUCGAGUAGAUAAUAUAUGGAAAAAUCGAGAAUGCCAGCAACAAAUAGUACAAAGUACCAUUUCCACAUUAGUCUUAUCAAUUUCAUCUGAAAAUUUUAACCAAAUUGGAAGAGAGACUUUAUAUCCAGAAUCUAUUACUCCCCUCAAUACAGAAAUGAAAAAGAGAAAUUUCAAAUCUUGGUCUAAAUCUAUUCACAUAUCCGAUCCAAUACCUAGCAGUAACUCAAUACUAGUUAAUACUGAUGACUUUAUUGCAAAGCAAUGGCUCUCCAAGCCUACAAAAAAAAUAAGUAGCGAGGAUCUGGAUGUAUUGUAUGAAAAAAAAGCCAGAAGAGAUGAGAGAAAUAAAGCAAAGAUGACUGCCUAUUAG